AUGUCGACCAAGGAGGUCCCCAUCCCGGGCCCCAAAGGGGUGCCUCUGCUAGGCAACAUUUAUGACAUCGAGCAAGAAGUCCCGCUCAACAGUAUCGAGCUGCUGGCCGACAAUUACGGCCCCAUCUACCGCCUCACGACCUUCGGCUUCGCCCGCGUCUUCGUCAGCUCCCACGAGCUCGUCGACGAAGUCUGCAACGAAGAGCGCUUCUCCAAAGUCGUCACAGCCGGCUUGAAAGAAAUCCGCAACGGCACCCACGAUGGCCUCUUCACAGCCAACUACCCGGGCGAAGAAAACUGGGCGAUCGCCCACCGCGUUCUCGUCCCCGCAUUCGGCCCGCUGAUGAUUCGCGGCAUGUUCGACGAGAUGUAUGAUAUCGCCACCCAGCUCGUUAUGAAAUGGGCUCGGCAGGGUCCCAAUGCGGCGAUUACCGUUACAGACGACUUCACUCGUCUCACCCUCGACACAAUUGCGCUUUGCUCGAUGGGGACGAGGUUCAACUCCUUCUACCAUGAUGAGAUGCAUCCGUUUGUCGAGGCGAUGGUGAGCCUUUUGUCUGGGUCGGGAAAUCGGGCGAGGAGGCCUGGUUUGCUGAAUAGUUUGCCGACGAGUGAGAACGCCAAGUAUUGGAACGAUAUUACGUAUCUGCGGAACCUCUCGCAGGAGUUGAUUGAUGCGCGCAAGAAUAAUCCGGAGGAUAAGAAGGAUUUGUUGAAUGCGUUGAUCCUGGGUCGGGAUCCGCAGACUGGUAAGGGGAUGACCGAUGAGUCGAUUGUGGAUAACAUGAUUACUUUCUUGAUUGCUGGACAUGAGACGACAUCCGGCAUGCUCUCAUUCUUGUUCUACUACCUGCUCAAAACACCCCAUGCCUAUAAGAAGGCCCAAGAAGAAGUCGACCAGGUCUUCGGCCGACGCAAGAUCACCGUCGAGGACAUGUCGAAGUUGCCAUAUAUCACUGCUGUCAUGCGUGAGACACUCCGACUGAAGCCAACUGCUCCGUUGAUCGCGGUCCACCCACAUCCCGAAAAGACCAAGGAUGAGCCCGUCACUCUAGGAGGCGGCAAGUAUGUCCUGCAAAAGGACGAACCCGUAGUCCUGAUGCUGGGCAAGAUGCAACGCGAUCCGAAGGUGUACGGCCCUGACGCCGACGAAUUCCGACCCGAGCGCAUGCUGGACGAGAACUUUGACAAGCUCCCCAAGAACGCCUGGAAGCCCUUCGGUAACGGUAUGCGCGGGUGCAUCGGUCGUCCGUUCGCAUGGCAGGAGGCAUUGCUGGUCGUUGCAAUCCUGCUGCAGAACUUCAACUUCCAGAUGGAUAAUCCCAGCUACGACCUGCGCAUCAAGCAGACUCUCACCAUCAAGCCGAAGGACUUCUAUAUCAAGGCUUCUCUGCGCAAUGGUCUUGAUCCGACCAAGCUGAGCACGUCCCUGAGUGGCACGCCAGAUGGGGCUCAGAAUAAGAACAUCGCUGAUCGUACAAGAAAGCCCAAGGUUGCACCUGCCGAUGGCAAGAUGAAGCCCAUGCACAUUUUCUACGGAAGUAACACGGGCACCUGUGAGGCGUUUGCUCGGCGACUGGCAGAUGAUGCGAUCGGGUAUGGGUUUGAGGCGAAGACUGCUUCUCUGGACUCGGCGACGCAGAAUAUCCCCAAGGAAGAACCGGUUGUGUUUAUUACGGCUUCUUAUGAAGGACAACCGCCAGAUAAUGCGGCUCACUUUUUCGAGUGGUUGAGCAAGCUCGAGGGCAACAGCUUAGAGGGAACUAAUUACGCAGUGUUUGGCUGUGGUCAUCAUGACUGGGCGGCAACCUUCCACCGUAUCCCCAAGGCUGUCAACGAACUUGUCAAGCAGAACGGAGGAAACCGCCUCUGCGACCUCGGCCUGUGUGAUGCCGCCAACUCGGACAUGUUCACCGAUUUCGAUGGCUGGGGCGAGACCUCCUUCUGGCCCGCCCUCACAGCCAAGUAUGGUGGCGGUCAGGACAAGACUACCAAGCCCAAGUCUUCUCUCCAGGUUGACGUUAGCUCGGGCAUGCGUGCCUCCACUCUCGGCCUCCAACUCGAAGAAGGCUUCGUCGUCGAGAACAAGCUUCUCACCAAGGAUGGCGUGCCCGCAAAGCGUCUCCUUCGCUUCAAGCUGCCAACCGACAUGACCUACCAAUGCGGUGACUAUCUCGCCGUCCUACCCGUCAACCCAAGCCCUGUGGUCCGUCGUGCAAUCCGCCGCUUCGAUCUCCCCUGGGACGCGGUCCUGCGCAUCCAAAAGCCCUCCAAGGGCUCCUCGGCUCCGCCAUCCAUCCCUCUCGACACGCCUAUCUCAGCUUUCGAACUCCUCUCCACCUACGUCGAGCUCUCCCAGCCAGCCUCCAAGCGCGAUCUCAGUGUCCUAGCUGACGCCGCCAUCUCGGAUGCCGAGACUCAGGCCGAACUGCGGUACAUUGCCUCCAGUCCUAGCCGCUUCACCUCAGAGAUCGUUCGCAAGCACGUCAGUCCACUGGAACUGCUGAUGCGCUACCCAGCCAUCAAGCUCCCGAUCGGCGACUUCCUCGCCAUGCUCCCACCCAUGCGCGUCCGCCAAUACUCCAUCUCCUCCUCUCCCCUCUCCGACCCCUCCGAAUGCUCAAUUACCUUCUCCGUCCUCAGCGCGCCUGCCCUCUCUGGCCCCACCGAGCCAGGCAGCGAAACGCCAGAAGAGUAUCUGGGCGUCGCCUCAAACUACCUGUCCGAACUCCAACCCGGCGAACGCGCACACAUCACUGUCCGCCCCUCCAACUCCGGCUUCAAGCCCCCAUCCGACCUCCAAACACCCAUGAUCAUGGCCUGCGCCGGAAGUGGCCUCGCGCCCUUCCGCGGUUUCGUAAUGGACCGUGUGCAGCGCAUCCGUGGCCGCCGCAGCUCCAUUUCCGACGACGACGUUCCCGCAUCGGAGCAGCCCGCCAAGGCAAUUCUGUAUAUUGGCUGUCGCACCAAGAACGUCGACGACAUCCACGCCGCAGAGCUGGCCGAGUGGGCCGAAUCAGGUGCCGUGGAAGUCCGCUGGGCCUACAGUCGUCCCACAGAGGGAAAGGGCCACCAUGUCCAGGAUCUUAUGCUGGAAGAUAAGGACGAGCUGGUUGCGCUAAUGGAGCAGGGGGCGCGCAUCUAUGUGUGCGGUAGUACCGGUGUGGGUGGUGCGGUGCGGGAGUCCUGUAAGAAGAUCUAUUUGGAGCGUCGGGCUGAGAAGCUUGCGAGGGCGAAGAAUGGUGAGGAACUGGGUGCGUUUGCGGAGGAGGCGGAGCUUGAUGAGGAUACUGCUGCUAAUAGGUUCUUUGAGAAGUUGCGGACGAAGGAGAGGUAUGCUACGGAUGUUUUCACGUAG